ACACACCCCUUUGGCAACCCUUAUAGUGCCUGGACAACACACACAGGCAUUCAUUCAUCCAUCUCUCUCUCUUCAUUUCACUCUCGUUUAAGAACAUUUACACCCAGCGUUGAAGUCAAAUCGAACCAGGCUUCACCAUGUCUGCAGUUAAAGUCAUGCUGUGGAUAUGUGUGUGCAUUUGUGUGAUUCUUACUGCUAAAGCUCAAGACAUUACAACCAUCAGAGAUCAAAACAAUAAUUUAGCAAAGCAGAUAGAAGUGCAAAGUAUGCGAGUGGACUGCAAAGUCGCAUCUCGUUUUGCUCACACUGUCAUGACCACCAAAGCCUUUAACACAGCCAAUGCCACAGAAGUGUUCUUUGAGGUGGACUUACCCAAAACAGCCUUCAUCACCAACUUUAGCAUAGAGAUUGAGGGCAGGAUAUAUGUCAGCGAGGUGAAGGAAAAAGAGAAGGCCAGGCACCAGUAUGAGAGUGCUGUGUCAUCCGGACAAACUGCUGGCCUGGUUAAGGCUUCGGGAAGGAACAUGGAGAAGUUUUCUGUGUCUGUGAACAUCGCACCCCAGAGCCACGUCACAUUCACUCUUACUUACGAAGAGCUUCUGCAACGGCGUCUUGGCAGCUAUGAGAUCAUGAUAGGUGUCCGACCAAAGCAGCUGGUUCAGAAUUUUGAGAUUGUGGUAGACAUCUAUGAACCUAAAGGAAUUGCGUUUGUGGAUGUCAACGGUACAUUCAUCACCAAUGAACUGCUCCCUCUAGUGAAGAAAACUGUCACUGAUAAAAAGGCACAUGUGUACUUCUCUCCAACAUUGGAUCAGCAAAAGACAUGCUCAGACUGUGAAGAAACAUUAAUUGACGGAGAUUUAUUCAUCAGAUAUGAUGUGACCCACCCACAGGAGAUAGGCGAAAUUCAGAUAAUAAAUGGCUACUUUGUACACUUUUUUGCCCCAGAUGAUUUGCCACAAAUGCCUAAAAAUGUGGUAUUGGAUAGAGACCGAAGUGGCUCCAUGGAGGGAGAGAAGAUGAAACAGACUCGAGAAGCUCUGAUGACUAUAUUAAGUGAACUGCAUGAAGAUGAUUACUUUGGGCUGGUCACGUUUGAUGACAUUAUAGAGUUGUGGAGACCAUUUCUUAGCAAAGCUACACCAGAGAAUGUGACAGAAGCGAAAGGAUUUGUCAAGACUAUUAAAGCGAGACACAUGACUGAUAUAAACAAGGGCCUUUUGUCUGCGGUGGACAUGCUUACCUCAGAAAAAAGUCACUCUUUCCCAGACAUGUCCAUGAUCAUUUUACUCACUGAUGGGCGACCCAGUUCUGGCGAGCUAGAUCUAUCCAAAAUCCAAGGGAAAAUGUCCAGAAUGCUAUUAAUUGGAAGCAUGAGUCUCUUUGUUUUGGGCUUUGGAUAUGAUGUGGACUACAGCCUUCUUGACACACUGGCCAAGCAGAACGAUGGACUCGCUCGAAGAGUCUAUGAGGCCUCCGAUGCUGCCCUUCAACUACAGGGUUUUUUUAGAUGAGGUGGCACUACCCCACUUCUCUUAGAGGUGAAUCUCAAUUAUCCUGGCAACGCUGUGACUGACUUGACACAAAGUCACUUUAGACAGUUUUUCAAAGGCUCUGAGAUUGUUGUAGCUGGACGUCUACAAGAACUUGAGACCAACACCUUUCAGACUGAAGUAUCAGCAAAUGGGGUAAGCAAAGCAAUACUAUACUGUAAUUGGGGAGACCAAUUUCUGGUUGAGGGUCUAGUGAUUGCUGAAGAGUGGGACAGUGUGUUUCCUGAUCAGGAGUACAUCUUUGGGGAUUUCACAGAGCGAGUGUGGGCAUACCUGACCAUCCAGCAGCUCUUGGAUGAAAGAGAGAAAUGCUCCGCAGAAGACAAGGAGGACAUCACAGCUCAAGCUCUAGACCUUUCUCUAAAAUAUAACUUUGUCACGCCGCUUACCUCAAUGGUGGUCACCAAACCAGAGACCGAAGAUACAGAUGAAAAACUCAUUGCCGACAAAGUUGACUGA